AUUAGUGGUCCGAAUACGUUACAGAUGGUCUAUUGACGUGUAUCCCUCUCUCCGAUCAUUGAAGAAACGACCCGAAUCACCUUCCGAGCGAUGUCGACCGUAAUUUCACGCGUCUAGAAACCCACCUGCCUCCUCCACGAGACGCCGCACUACCUCAACGAACUCGAAGCGACCGCGAAGUGUAGAAUGUCUGAUCGAUCCGUGGUCCCGGUCGCAUAGAAGCGGAGAGUCUACAUCUCACUUUAUGAGAGUUAGAUGUGCUCCAGAGCCAAGACCUAGAAAAAUAGGUGCGGCGCUGUGGACUAGCAAAGAACUACGUUGUACGAGCACGCCAUGCCGCCUCUUGUCUCUGAAGAGUUGGACGAUGCGUCCAGCCUUGACCAAGAGAGUGUCACGCUAGAGACAACUGCAGAGGCCGGGACGAAAGAAGAAGCAGCAGAGCCGUUGGUGGGCAGUGACACCGCUGGUGCUAAGGAUGGAAGGAUGACAACGAAUGACGAUGAAGAGGAAAAAGAACAAGAGAUUGAUUCCUCGCACACACCAAACCCGGACGAUAAUGCUUUGGGUGAACAGUUACAGAGAUCAGCGGAAGAAGAGCAAAGCGAGGAUGGUGAGGCCGAGUCAGCAAUUGCCCCGCACCCCGGAGUGAAAAAGGACAACUUUACCAAAGAUGUAGAUGCAGAUGCGGAUGCGGAUGCUGAAGCAGACGAGGACGAGGAUGCGGAUGCAGACGCUGAGACUGAUGCGGAUGCUGAUGCUGAUGCGGAGGCCAAUGAAGAGGCAGACCAACAAGGGGGAAGUGGUGAUGAAGAUGAAGAAGAAGAAGAAGAAGAAGAAGAGGAAGAAGAAGAAGAGGAAGAAGAAGAAGAGGAAGAAGAAGAAGAGGAAGAAGAAGAAGAGGGCGAAGACGUGCCCGAUGAUAACGAAAGCCAAAAAUCCGAGCAGCUCGUGGAAGAAAGCGUACAGUCGCCAUCAGAGCCCGGGGAAGAGGUUGCAGAAGAAACACCAGCCGCAGAAGCGAAGCUACAGUGCAUGUUCUGCAAGCAAGGGCCCAAUGCAGAGGCUGGAGAGGUCGAAUCGCUUUUGUCCUGCUCCGAUUGUGAUGGACGUGCGCAUCUGCGGUGCGCCCGAGGAGAUGACGCAGUCAAAGAUGAGGACUAUUCCGACUGGCAAUGUCCUAAUUGUGUCAAGCAACAUCCGCUAUCCGAAUCUCCGAAAGAGCAGACUGUGCGGUCUAAGAACUCAGCACCUCGACUUGUUAGAGACUUGUUACCUGUCACACGCGGAGUGCAAAAGCCUGGUUCGCAUUCGAUCUUUGCCCAACCACUCAUACAAGAGGGUGAAGAUGGAGGACGUUCGCUCAGAAAGAGAAAAUCACUUACUGUGGAACCUCCUCCAACAGAAAAGAGACGACGGAAAGCUACACCGCGUGCGCUGGAAGCCAUGACGGCGGACAGCAAGGCUGAAACUGAGAGAGCUAUCGCCCAUUCAACCAGAAGAUCAAGCCUGAAAAUCACAAAACCGACUGCGCGGAUAUUGCAGCAUCGGCCGUUCCAGAAAGCACCUCCUCAUAAAUUCAUCCUCGCCUUUCGGCUAGAUCAGUCGAAAAUUGAGGAAAUUCUGAGCAACCCUCCGCGACCAGGCAAAAGAAGAGGAGGCAGAGAAAAGAAAAAGGUCCCCAAAAUCGCUCCGCCAAUUUUCCAACCCCCUGUCCCCAAAUUCCCUGCCCUACCAACCCACAACCUCAUUUUCCCCUCGGCAUUUACAGAUCGCGAUGCCGAACCAAACGCCAAACCAUACGGUGGUAUUUUGUCAGAAGCAGACGCAGAUACGUCCAGAUCAUUACCGCAACUCAAAGACCGCGAGAUUUUCGAGAUUGCCAGGAAAGAAGCUGAGGAAGAACGACGGAAGACAUCUGCUGCGGCCGAGGCGGAGAUCAAUGUAGACAAAGAGGGCACAGCUAAGCCUAACCGAACGGUAUCAGGGCCGCCUACCAAGAUCAAAUGCAUUCAGUUCGGCAAAUUUGUCAUCGACACGUUUUACGCAGCGCCGUACCCAGAAGAGUACUCCCAUGAAUCGAGACUGUUCAUAUGCGAAUACUGCUUGAAAUACCUACCCUCGGAAUUCGUCGCGUACCGACACAAAUUGAAAUGUCCCGCCAAACAUCCUCCAGGCGACGAGAUCUACCGUGAUGGCACGCUGUCAGUGUGGGAAGUCGAUGGCCGCAAGAAGACAGAAUACUGUCAAUGCUUAUGUCUUAUGGCUAAGAUGUUCCUCGGAUCGAAGACGCUGUACUACGACGUGGAGCCGUUUCUGUUCUACAUCCUGACCGAAUAUGACGAGUUCGGGUACCACUUCGUCGGAUACUUCAGCAAGGAGAAGCGGCCCGCCAGCCAGAACAACGUCAGUUGUAUUUUGGUUAUGCCAAUCCACCAGAGGAAAGGCUACGCCAUGUUCCUGAUUGACUUCUCAUACCUCCUCACGAGAAUAGAGGGCAAGGAUGGAUCACCGGAAAAGCCAUUGUCAGAUAUGGGCUUGACAGCAUACCGAUCGUACUGGGACCUGACCGUAUCUCGACACCUGCUCGCUAUCGGUCUCAAGCCGUUCAGCACAAAAGCGCUAAUGGCCCGGACGGGCAUGACGGCCGACGAUGUGAUUCAUUCCCUCGAACGACUGUAUGCAUUCGUCAGAGAUCCCGUAACAAAGACGUACGCCGUGCGCUAUGACAAGAAACUCUACGAGCGCAUUGUUCACGAGUUCGAGUCCAAGAAACAUCGCCAGCUAAGGCCUGAGAAUCUAGUAUGGACGCCGUACAUCAUGGGCCGUAGUGACCAGGCUGCACUCGAUGGGCAGCCUUUGCACACUAUGGCGCCUCGCGAUGACGAGGAUGAAGAUGAAGGAGAUAAAGAUAACCCCGUCAGCGAAGCUAUCUCCAAAGCCGGCAAUUCUGCCACAGAUGCAGUCGUCGAGGCGACAGAGCCAGGCCACCUCUCGCCCAAGUCCAGGACGAAACGCACGACAGCCAUGUCACAGCCACCAUCCGCCGCCGCGGCAGAGGAAAGUGUCGACGUCAAGGACUCUUCGCUUGUCAAUGAACAUGGCACGGUCGCCCCUGGUCCGCCACCCACAGAGGCCCUCAAUGGCACAGUUUCCACACAAGUCACCCAACCCGAAGUCAAAGUCAAUGGCCUGGAACUCGUCAAUGGCGAUGACAAGUCCAACGAUGAUACAAUUGUCGUCUCCACCAACGUCGAUGCCGAAAGCAAGGGCAAAAAUGUCGAAGGCGGAGGCGAAGGUAACAAGGAGAAAGCGGACGAAGCUCAACCCCAGGAACCAGAGCCAGCCUUGACCGGCUACGCCCUCGCAUAUCGCACUCUCAACAUCCCGCCGUCGCGCUUCCAAAUCGACCCGCCUAUCCCGCCGGCCAUGCUGCGCCAGCGGAGCACGAAGAAGCGCAGUCUAGCUACUGCGUUCGGCAGACCCAAACCGAAUGGCGGUCUAACCGACACCUCCUCGGCCGUUGCGGUGCGCAGUUCGCCACGCAACGCCGGCGUGAAUGGAGGCGGGACCGUCACCAGGAGUCGAGGCGCGAGUUUGAGUUUCGACAAGGUCGACAGGGAUAAAGAUAAGGAUAAAGAUAAAGAUAAAUUCUCGGUGCCGAACACGCCGGUCAGACGGAGUGGACGGAGAAGUGGGCUCGCGAACAUCAACACCAUCGAGAACACCAUCGAAGUCGCCUCUCCCAAGCCAAGUCCUCUUAGCCGCCGUAACCAGGCAACAGCUGCGAGUGUGGGUGCGGGUACGGUUGCGGGCCCCCGUGGAGGUGAGGGUGCGGAUGAUCACGACGCCGAUGCCCCGGCUGAUGAGGACGCUGAUGUCGACGCCGAGGCGGAUGAAGAUGAAGACGAACAAGAUCCCGGGAAGGGCAAGGCCAAGGCUAGUGUCAAAGAUGAAGACGCGGAAGCCGAAGCCGAAGCAGAAGCCGAAGCAGAAGCCGAGUCGUCGGACUCGAGUGGUGGCGAUGAAGCCGACGAAGAAGAGGAAGAUGCAUCCGUCGCCGCCGAGGGAGACGAAUCCGACGACGUAGACGACGACGACGAUGAUGACGAGGACGCCGAAAUCCCCGAGGACGAGGAGAGCGAUACCACCGAAGACGAUGAUGCCGAUGACGAAGUCGAUCUACCCGACGACGAUGACGAUGAGGAUGCCGAAGUCGACGAGGACGACGAGGACGACGAUGAUGAGGACGAUUAGAAAAAUCCUUCUAUUCCGUCCGCAGAUGAUGUCGAUGUCGAUGACAAUGGUAAUGGUGGCGACGAGGAUGGUUAGAAAAGUCCUCCGCCAUCUUCUUCUGGUUCCUGGGCAUGUACGUGUGCACACUGGGCGCGGACGAGGACCAUGUGUCGGUCAUGUUCGAGGAGAACAUCGGCACAGUCAUCGCUCGCAUACUGAUUUGUCUGGCAAGGCUGGGCUAUCCUCUGCCUUCCAGGUUGUCAAGACGAGGGUAACCAGGUUACCUUACACGUGCUUUACUCACAUCUCGUGUUGGGAGAGGCAGCUAGGCUCAGCAUUCUUAACAUUGAUAAUCACUCGUUACUUCAAGAGACAGCAGACGCGCAAGAUAAAUCAAUACUGAUGCAAUAAAUGUCUGCUGUGCACUCCUAUCCUUUUACCCUUUG